CAUCAAUCUCUCAACUAAGAUAUAUCAACACAAUAUCCUGAUCUUCCAGUCAGCAGACUGUCGCACAAACCUACUCGCUCACCUACUACCCACCUCCCUAAUACCUCCCUAUGUAUAACGUUACCACCAGAACAAAUAAGUAAAGUCCGCAGAUAUAACUCUGGAGCCUUCUUGCCGCUCCCUCACUUCAGUCUUCAACUUCUAGCUUCACUCCACAUCUCCCUCCCCACUUCACCAAUUUACCACAUCAUUAAUCGAAUCGAUUCCAAGAAGUUGAGCUACCCUUGCAACAUACCACAUCAACUCUCCCCUUCCCAUGGGCCAUCACCCAUUGCUGCAUUUAGCCUCAUCUUUUCUGUGAUCCAUCCCUGGUUUGUUUCUUUGCCCUGCAUUUCCAAGACUUUCCAAGGCUAGUCUAGUGCGUGUAGUGUUUUACUGAUAGGCUUUCCAGAAAGUCUUAUCGAGACGGAUUUUACACCUGCGAAACGGGUAGUGAUAUUCUGGAUUCGGCUUUCCGAGCACCAGAUGGAAACUUGAUAUCGAGGUCAUAAUCCUGCCUCAACCUCAAAAGAAUUGGAAGGAGAAUUGGUUCAAUUUUGUUUACAUUACGAAGAAGUCAACUGCUACCUCUCAUAUCUAAUCAUAUCUGUGUAUUUUUUCUUCAUUUUUUUCUUUCUUCAUAACUUUGCAUUCAUUGAUUACUAUCACCACUUGUUUUUUCUUUACUCUUCUACGAAGCUCUUCUACCACUACUACCGCUACCACCACCACUUCUCAUUUCCAAAGCCCUCAUCCAACUUCGAUCCCAUUGUGAAUUUCGAAUCGACUCGGAGAUUCAUACCGAGUACUUACAUCCACACUCUCGUACACACUUCCCAGUUCUCCUACCUUCUGUGCUUGACCACGACUCAACCAGGACCUUCUCAACUUGCCAUCACUCUGCUCUCCAUCCUCACAGGUGGACCACAGAUCCCAUUUACUAUCACGAGUACCCCAAGUGUUGAUCGAAAAAGAGUUUGGUCAUAAAUACUUGUCAACCAUCGUGGGAGAAAAAGAAGAAGAAAAAGACCUCAAACUACUGAAAGCUAAAUAAAAAAAGAGUCUUGAUUAGAUUAAUUUAGGUCCUUUGCCUGCUUGCCUUCCUCAAAAUUGGGAACGCUUGAGAAUUAUUAAAUGCCUUCAGCCAUUCAUGCAGCGCCCCAGGACUUUUUAUCGUCGGAAUAUCGACGUCAGUCCCAACUUUCUCAGAUCGCGAAAGCGGCGGUUUUUAACAAUUGUACCGCAAUGCAUCCACCUCCAAAACCUUCUUCUCAGCCCCUCACUACAUUUCCUGGCAACAUCAUCCUCGAACGCGAUUUUGCCGUUUGCAACCCACAACUCGACAACCAUAUCACACUUCCGCCAUCUGUUGUACCUCCAGUUUUCAACAGAAAUUUUCACGAGAAAUUCGGUAUGACUAGCGAUGGAGUCACCGAGGGAGUUGGUCAUCCUCCCUCUGACACACCCCUCCCAAGUGGCCCUUCAACUGCUCAAAGCAGUCCAAGAAUUCUCCCACUAAGACAGAAUUCUGGCACUACAACCCCCCGAGUUCGAGCUCCUGCUACCACUCUCAACAUUCCCGGCAUGACCAGAUCUCGCGUGUCCCCUGAUGGUAAAAUUGCACAACGAGAUGUCGCUUCAAAAUUGGUGGUCAUUAUGGUAGGAUUGCCCGCUCGUGGAAAAUCAUAUAUUACGAAGAAAAUCCAAAGAUAUUUGUCAUGGCAGCAACAUGAGACUAAGAUUUUCAAUGUUGGAAAUCGACGUCGUGUCGCAGCUGGAAAACCGCGGCCGUCAAACGGCACACCACUGAAGAAACAGGAAUCGGCCCAUCGGCCAUCUGUUCCAAGUCAACCAAGUCGCACUGGUUCCAGUUCUGGCGUUAUAGAUGCCCCUACACAGGCUGCUCACAUGAUUUUGAACGGCGUGGAUCCGACCCAAGAAACCAAAGGUUCUGAGACGAAGAAAACUUCCACCGGAUCGCCAAACCCAGAAACUAUGGAUCAAUCAGCCAAUUUCUUUGAUCCAAUGAAUUCCAAGGCGGCUUUGAUCAGAGAGCAGGUAGCCAUGGCCACAUUAGAUGAGCUUUUGGAUUUCCUCUUGUUGGGAAAUGGCGCUGUUGGUAUCUUGGAUGCUACAAACAGCACUAUUGAGCGUCGCAAACUUCUCUUUGAUCACGUCAAGUUUAGAGAGCCAAAGCUCGGUAUUCUCUUUAUAGAGAGCGUUUGCGAGGAUGAGAGUCUGCUCGAGGCAAACAUGCGGUUGAAGCUCCGAGGCCCCGAUUACAAGGACAAAGAUCCAGAAUCAUCUUUGAGGGACUUCAAAUUACGAGUCGCUGCUUAUGAAAGCGCAUACGUUCCAUUGGGAAAGUACGAAGAAGAUAAUCAUAUGCAGUACAUCAAGAUGAUAGAUGUCGGACGAAAGGUUAUUCAUUAUCAACUAAAGGGCUUCUUGACAGGAGGCAUAGCUUCAUAUUUGUCGACAUUCAACCUCUCCCCCAGACAGAUUUGGAUCACACGACACGGAAAAUCCAACGAUAACAAAGUUGGCAAGCUUGGUGGUGAUUCUGAUCUCACAGGAGAAGGACAACAAUAUGCCCGAGUCCUUCACAACUUCAUUACAAACAGUCGAAGACAAUGGCUUUUUGAGCAGCAGCAAUCAGCCAUUGAAAGUGCAAAGUAUCCUCCAGGAGGCGAAGCUGUCAGAACGCCGCCCUAUCCAGACAUCAUGGGAGAACUGGAUGAGAAGAACUUCUGUGUAUGGACUUCGAUGCUCAAGAGAAGUAUCCAAACGGCAGAGCAUUUUGAGAUGGACGAGGAUUAUGAUGUUAAGAAUUGGGAGAUGUUGAAUGAGCUGAAUGCAGGUUCUUUCGAAGGAUUGACCUACAAGGAAAUCGAACAGCGCUUUCCGGACGAGUAUGAGAAGCGAGCAAAAGACAAAUUACACUACAUAUAUCCCGGAGUUGGAGGUGAAGGUUAUUUGCAAGUCAUCAGUCGACUCAGGGAUAUGGUUCGAGAACUCGAACGUAUCACAGAUCAUGUCCUUAUCAUCGGACACCGAUCUGUUGCCCGGGUUUUGAUGGCUUACUUCAUGGAUCUCACCAGAGACGAUAUUGCAGACUUGGAUGUUCCCUUGGGAAUGCUCUACGCUAUUGAACCAAAACCUUACGGCAUUGAAUUCCAUGCAUACAGAUACAAUGAACAACAACAAUGGUUUGAUGAGUUACCAAACUACAAACCAAGGAAAGAGACAGAGAAAGGCAAUUAAACUUUAUUUGUCUAUGGAUGGCGAAGAGGACAGCUAGAAUACGAGCAGGGAUGUAACAUACGAGGGGUUUCCGGAGUUUUUAUCAUUUGGGAUGAGUUUGCGUUGCACUGCAUAGCGAGGUCUUGUUACCGAUUGGGAGUUUGGGUUUUGAUUUUCGGGAAAUUGAUGAUUUGUAACAACAAUUGGGAGAUUGGAACUGGUAUCGGAUUCAGAAAUGCGGAAGUAAAUGUGGUUGAGGUGUGCACAAGAAUAGGAACAGAUUUCUGGAGUCGGCAGAGGCCCCUUUCUACUCUUUAUGAUGGAUGAAUUGCUUCAGCGUUUACUACACUUCUGCGGAUAUCCAAAAGAUUGGCUUUGGUCUUGCGUUUUAAGAGCGAACCUGCAAUAGAUGGAAGGUCGGACUACUUUUGUACAGCAAGACUGAAAUAGAGGAAUAGAGAUCUCUGCAAAGCGAGUAAAAUCGAAAUAUAAAAACGAAAAUGAAAAUACCAUUUUCAUGGGUUCAAAUGU